AAAACCUGAGGAUAGCGGUUUAUAAUCCCCCAAUUUGAUUCAUCUGCUAGGGUUAGGGUUUUAGCGCAGUCGAUUCUCAAUCUCCGUAACUGACGAUCGGAAAAACAAUCAGUUAACCACACUAGGAACCGGAAAACAGUUCAUCAGGGAUGUCGAAGAAAAACAACUUAUCUCUUAGAAAAAAGCAGCAUGAAUUUGAGCUUCGGAGAGAGCAGCAAGAGAAAGAAAAGAAGGCGAAGAAGCUACAAGCUAAGAAGAACAAGAUGAAAGUUGAUGGAAGUGCAAGCAAGAAAAAGAAGGGUAGUGGUGGAUUUACAGUAGGGAAGAAGAAGUUGAAGACAAGAAUGACACCAUUGGCCAAAGCUAAAGUUGCUCAAGCAAUGGAAGUUGACAAAUGAGGUUGACCAUAACUAGUUGACAUUAAUGUUUCUUGAACCUAAUAUUUUACAAUGCAUUUUAAAUCAAAAGAUAAAUGUGGUUCCAAGUUUUUAUUCA